AUGUCGUCUUCUUCAGAGACUGCUUAUGCUAUGGAGUCGUUGCAGGAACAGCGGUGCGGAACUGAUAGUCCGCCUGAUACUGAACGCCAGGAAAAUGUUUCUCAGUCACCGGCGGAGUCACUUCCGCCUACAGACCGCGGCUACUCCGUCUCAUUCGGCAUCUUCCAAGAAUACUACAGCCGUCCAGGAAGUCCCAUCAGCACAGCAUCAUCCGGAACAAUCGCCACCAUCGGCGCACUGCAACAGGGUGUAAUGUAUCUCAUGAUGCCGUUUGCCUUCCUCAUCCUCACGCGGUAUCCGCGGCUGCGACACCUCUGCGGGCCGCUUGGUCUUGCAGUGACGGUCGCUAGUCUCACUGCGUCUGCGUUUGUGAACACUAUCGCGGGGCUUAUUGCUACACAGGGUAUUGCGAUGCCGUUUGUCUUUGAUGCUCUCCUUCGCCGCAUCGGUCUCAAGGCGACUCUCUUGGCCUGGACGGGUGCAUCAGCUGCAAUGACUCUCCCAACUCUCGUGUUCAUCAAACCACGGACCCCACUACACAAUCAGGUCCAGGUUCAACCGCUAUCUUUCCGCUUUCUUCGCCAUACAUCUUUCUGGAUGAUGCAAGCCGGUGUGAUCAUUCAAUCACUGGGAUAUCUCAUGCCAAGCACGUAUCUAGCCAGCUACGCAUCGACAAUUGGUCUACCCAGCAUAACCGGUCCUAUCUUGCUUGCUUUGUUCUCUGUAGCAUCCGUCCCCGGUGGAAUCGUGCACGGCAUGCUAGGCGACAAAUUCUCAGCAACUAAAGCCGUAACAAUCGCAUCAAUUGGAAGUGCGCUGCCAAUCUGGCUUCUUUGGGGUUUAUCACUCGACCUUGCAAACUUGGUAGUGUUUGUCAUUGUUUACGGCUUCUUCGCUGGCGGUUUCAGCUCAACAUGGUCCAACAUGUCAACCGACAUACAAAAAGACGACUCUGCAGCUGAUUCAGCUCUCAUUUUCGGCAUGCUCAUGGGCGGACGAGGCAUCGGCUUUGUCACCGCCGGGCCACUCAGCGGUGCCUUGCUACAGGCAAAAGCACAUCUGUCCAACGAAGCACUCGGUUACGCGACGCAAUAUGGACCCAUGAUCAUCUGUACAGGCGUCACUGCUGUGUUUGGUGCUUGGGCGCCUAUGUGGAAGGGCAUUCGAACUGCUCUAGGAACGUGCAAAGGUCGCUGA